GCAGCUGGUUAAACCUGAUCAAGAUGACAACCUCCCAAAAGCACCGUGACUUCGUGGCAGAGCCCAUGGGGGAAAAGCCAGGGAUUGGUGAAGUCCUGGGCAAGAAGCUGGAGGAACAGGGCUUUGACAAGGCUUAUGUGGUCCUUGGCCAGUUCUUCCGAGAAUGGCUGAAAGACACGUGAGGUGCCAAUGCCAAGCAAUCCCGGGACUGCUUUGGGUGCCUUCGAGAAUGGUGCGAUGCCUUCUUGUAA